AGCUGCUGGUGAUAGACUAUAAAUUUAGCUGUACACUUUAUAAAAAGGAAAAGAUGCAUUCAGUUUUCAGUGGAUGUGAACAUGAUGAUUGGUGAGGUUUGUGGAUCUUUAUCACUUACAAAAACAAAGGAAAAUAACAUUUAAUUAAAGCACCUCAAGUGAACUUGGGAAAUAAAACAUCACUUAAUUAGCCCAGGAGUCCGAUUAGAAACAGAAGCUGGUUAGAACAAAAACCUGCAGCGACAGGAGGGCCACAGGACCAAGAUUUUAGGAGGAGGUAGGAGUGCCGAAGAAUUUUCUAAAACAAUGGAAUCAAAUGACAUCAAGAAAAUGUUUGAACAGUUGAUAAGUGCACAACAGGAAGGAAUUGAAAAGUUGACUGGCCUGUUGCAAGCUACUUUAGCUAAGAUGACCCCACAGGAUGACCCCGAGGCCUUCCUGAAAACAUUUGAGCGUAUGGCACGGCACUACAAUUGGCCUGAAGAGACAUGGUCCCCAAGAUUAGCUUCACUUCUAUGUGGUGAAGCCCAGUUGGCCUAUGCUGGUUUGAAUGAUUCUCAUGCAAUGUCUUAUUCUCAAGUCAAAGAAGCCAUUCUUCAUUGCUACAGGUCAACAUCUGACAUACAUAGACAGCAGUUUCGUUCACUAAAGUUGCAUCCUGGUGAGUCACCCCGCUUUGCUGCUUUGAAGCUAAAGGAUUUAGCAAUCCAGUGGCUUAAGCCCAUAGAAGCAGAAAAAAUGAAAUUACUAGACAAGAUUGUAUUGGAACAAUUUGUGACUAUAUUACCAAAAGAAACCCAGGUCCAGUUACACAUGUUGCAGCCUGAAGACCUUGAAGCAGCAAUCACAUUUGCAGAGUCAUUUCCCACUUCCAGCAAAGAUAUUUCAGAGUUAACCAAUGAUGUCCCCAUGAGCUCAACACCCUUACCUAAUGAUAAUAAUACUCUUUUUACUGGGAAGAAAGUUGCUUGUAAUGGAUACACCACACCUAGUUCCUCAGAGCAAACUCAAGAUGUUUCUCAGAUUCAUUCUAAUGACGUUUUAAACUUCACAACUGCUGAAGAAGUUGAUACCCACUUUAAAGUCCCAUUUCAACAGACAGGUAAAAAGAAACUUCCUGAAGAAAGUCCGUAUACACCAAACAAAAGACGUCGGCCUUGUGAAAAUGAGGAAGAGCUGACGGCCUAUUAUGAUAUGGAACGUGAAUCAAGAAAUAUUAUAUCACAGAUAUAUAAUAAACUGGAACCUUUGUCAUGUAUUGGGAAGAAAGAGACUGACUUUUUAAAAGAGUUAAGAGACAAGGUCUUGAACUUGAAACAAAGGCAAAUUAAUGAGGAAGUCGUCAUUGGAAUAUUUGGCGUGACAGGAACAGGAAAGAGCUCAUUGAUAAAUGCUCUUCUAAAUGAAAUGAAUUUGCUGCCCACUUCAUCAUCAACAGCCUGCACCUCCUGCAUUGUCCAAGUGCAGACUCAUGAAAGCAAUUGCUCCAUGUACAGAGCUGAGAUCGAGUUCAUAAGCAAAGAGGAAUGGAAUGAAGAGCUGAAAGAGUUUUUCAUGAGCUGCAAAGAUGACAAUAAUCAUGAUAAUGAUGAUAGUGAUGAUGGAGAGGACAGUGAAAUUGAAAACGCAAGAGAAAAAAUUAUUGCUGUUUAUGGAAAAGAUGGACUAACCAAAAGUUUAUCUGAAUUGACUAAUAAGAAAAUUCAUGAUUCUCUGAAGUCAAAGCCCAUACAAAAAGCAUCGGCUUCACAGCUGUCUAAUGAGAUAAAGCCCUACAUAAGGAGUGAUUUAGAUGAAGAAACCCCCUGCUCUUACUGGCCUCUGGUGAAAAUUGUUAAAAUUUAUGUGCCAAAAACCUGUGGCCUACCAAAUAAAUUAGUACUGGUUGAUCUUCCAGGAAAUGGAGAUUCUAAUAAAGAGAGAAAUAAAAUGUGGAAGGAGUACAUUACCAGGUGUUCUUGUAUUUGGAUUGUUGCGGAUAUUAAAAGAGCUGAAUCUGACAGCAAUGUGUUAGAAAUCCUGAACACAGGACUAGCAGGCAUUACUGGUGGAGGAAGGUGUCAAAACAUAACCAUUAUCUGCACCAAAACCGAUGAGACUGGCAUCCCGAGUGAUGGAAAUUCAGGAGAAGCAGAUCCAGAAGAUGAAAAUAAAGUGCUGAAUAGAAAAAUAAAUGAAAGAAAUAAGAAAGCCAAAAUGAAGAUUGAUAAGAAAUAUAAGAAAAAAGUAGAAACAUUUCUAAUGGGUUCUGUGGAGCAGGGUGUUAACACCCUGAAGGUAUUUACAGUGAGUUCUAAGGAGUACUGGAAUAUCCAACUACAAAAAAAAAGCAGCCUUACAAUUGAUGAAACUGAACUCCCAUCAUUAAAGGGGUAUUUGAAGGAGAUCUAUAUCAGCCAAACAAAGAAAGCAGUGGAAAAUUAUGUUUCUGAGGUGUCUGGAAUUAUAUCCUUUCUUAAUGUCACUAAAGAAUAUGUUGGAGAUAAGAAUAAUGAGAAUAAAUCUCUCUACACACACCUGACCAAAAAACUUAAAAAUGAAGUCCGUGACUUGGAUGUUUUCUUUGGCAAAAUUCAACAAAGUAUGGAGACGGAACUGAAAAGUGGUGUGGAUAAUGCUGAAAAGAAUUGUCUAGAAAAUCUUAAUUCACUUUUAAAACCUAAACAUAUGAACUUCAGUGGCUAUCAUCAGACAAUUAAGGCUUUGUGCAAAAAUUCUGGAAGUUUUCGUUCAUCCACAGGAGAUUUCAUUGAUCUCAACAGUAAACUGGCUUCUCCCAUUUAUACAGCCGUGAAUAAGACCAUCAAAAGCACUUUCCAGUUCAAUACUUGUAGCAAAAGAAAUAUAAAAGGAAACCUGAGCUUGCUUCAAUCAAACUUCGAAGAAGAUGAGGCAUUCAACUCAAAGAAAACUGCUCAGUCUUACCGGCUGAUAUUCAUUAAAACUGAAUUAAGAAGAGUAUUGGCGUUAUUGGAAAAAAAAAUUCUCCACAGAAAAAUAAUUAUGUACAACAGUAUCAUACAGUCCAUUCUGGAGGUAAUGGAUCCAGUUUAUAAAGAUGGAAGUAAAGAACAAGGCCGUAAUUCAAUGAAUAAAAUUCAGAAAAUGUUUGAAGACAAACUGAAAGAAUGCCAAAGUAGCAUGUUCAAAGAAGCAAUGAAAAACAUGCUGACUGAGUUUAAUGACCUACAGACUGAAGUCAAAAAAACUGUAGAAGAUAAAAUGGAAGCAUCCAUGAUGCUGGCACUGGCACAGUUUCCAGAGGGAUUGCAUUUACCAGAUUCCACAAAUGAACUGGAGCAGAUGAAGAUACUUUGUGAUACUUUAAACCUUCAAAUUUUUAACUGAAAGUUCAACUGACAUACAUAUAGGUGCAAUUCCUAAUUCAACCUUUUUUCCUAAAUAUAUUAUAACACAGUUGUUUUGAUCUACAUUGUUUAUUUUUACUCAGGAUUUUGCUGAAAGUCUUGUGUUUCUUAAUUGUAUUUUUAAAUUAAUGCAAUAUUAAUGUGCAAAUGAAUUUAGUUUUAUAUUAUAUAACACUUCAAAAAAAUCUGUAUAGUGGAUUUGCUAAAUUGUGUUCAUUAGCCACAGCAUUUAGAGAUAUUUCAAAUGAGUUUAGAUUAUCUUAUGAUAAACUAUCUGUUAUUUCUUGUAUUACAUUCUGUUCGAUUGUAAGAAUUUUAAUUCUCCCUCCAUAACUCAAUGGGAAAACAGUAUGUUAUAUUAUCUAAAGCUAGAAAAAGUUUAGUUUUCUUUGUGUGGAACUGGGUUGAGUUUCUUUAGAUUUCACCAAAAAUCAUUAAUGUUUUUCAACAAUAAGUCUGUUUGGCUCUUGCAUUAGCUCUUCAUUUUUAGUGGGGAUAUAGGUUUAAAGGAGGUUAGUGUUUUUAAACUGUAUUUGUUUCUUAAUUUUGUUUCACUGAAAUGUACACUUGAUUGUCAUAUCACAACACUUCUUUUGUAAUG